AGUGACACAGGAUGACCCCAAGUGUCACAGCCUCAGCAAGCACCGGAACGAGGCCCCCCAGCCCUUCACGGGGGCGGCAAAGAAGUCUCCAGAAUCCCUGGUUAAGCUGGAUGCGCCCCCAUCAGCCUGCCCACGACAUGUGAGGGUCAAAAACUGGGGCAGUGGGAUGACUCUCCAAGACACACUUCACCACAAGGCCAAAGCGGAUUUGGCUUGCAGGUCCAAGUGUUGCUUGGGAUCCAUCAUGAACUCCAAAAGCUUGACCAGAGGACCCAGGGACAAGCCUACCUCCCCAGAUGAACUUCUACCUCAAGCUAUCGAAUUUGUCAACCAGUAUUACAGCUCCUUCAAAGAGGCAAAAAUAGAGGAACAUCUGGCCAGGGUGGAAGCUGUAACAAAGGAGAUAGAAACAACAGGAACCUACCAGCUGACGGGAGAUGAGCUCAUCUACGCCACCAAGCAGGCCUGGCGCAAUGCCCCACGCUGCAUCGGGAGGAUCCAGUGGUCCAACCUGCAGGUCUUCGACGCCCGGAGCUGUUCCACUGCCCAGGAAAUGUUCGAGCACAUCUGCAGACACCUGCGUUACUCCACCAACAACGGCAACAUCAGGUCGGCCAUCACGGUGUUCCCCCAGCGGAGCGAUGGGAAGCACGACUUCCGGGUCUGGAACUCCCAGCUCAUCCGCUAUGCCGGCUACCAGAUGCCUGAUGGCACCAUCCGAGGGGACCCUGCCUGCGUGGAGUUCACCCAGCUGUGCAUCGACCUGGGCUGGAAACCCAAGUACGGCCGCUUCGACGUGGUGCCUCUGGUCCUGCAGGCCGGCGGCCGAGACCCUGAGCUCUUCGAGAUCCCGCCUGAUCUUGUGCUCGAGGUGCCCAUGGAACAUCCCAAGUAUGAGUGGUUCCGGGAGCUGGGGCUGAAGUGGUACGCCCUGCCUGCCGUGUCCAAUAUGCUGCUCGAGGUGGGUGGCCUGGAGUUUCCAGGGUGCCCCUUCAACGGCUGGUACAUGGGCACAGAGAUCGGGGUGCGGGACUUCUGUGACGUCCAGCGCUACAACAUCCUGGAGGAGGUGGGCAGAAGGAUGGGCCUGGAAACGCACAAGCUGGCCUCGCUCUGGAAGGACCAGGCUGUCGUUGAGAUCAAUGUCGCCGUGCUCCACAGUUUCCAGAAGCAAAAUGUGACCAUCAUGGACCACCACUCAGCUGCAGAGUCCUUCAUGAAGUACAUGCAGAACGAGUACCGGUCCCGAGGGGGCUGCCCCGCCGACUGGAUUUGGCUGGUGCCCCCCAUUUCUGGAAGCAUCACCCCCGUGUUCCACCAGGAGAUGUUAAACUAUGUUCUGUCCCCUUUCUACUACUACCAGGUGGAGGCCUGGAAAACCCACGUCUGGCAGGACGGGAAGCGGAGGCCCCGGAGAAGAGAGAUUCGGUUUCAAGUCUUGGUUAAAGCCGUGCUCUUUGCCUCUAUGCUGAUGCGCAAGACCAUGGCGUCCCGAGUCAGAGCCACCAUCCUCUUUGCGACGGAGACGGGAAAAUCGGAAACUCUGGCUCAGGACCUAGGGGCUUUGUUCAGCUGUGCCUUCAACCCCAAGGUUCUCUGCAUGGACGAGUACAGGCUGAGCAGCCUGGAGGAGGAGCAGCUGCUGCUGGUGGUGACCAGCACCUUUGGGAACGGAGACUCCCCCGGCAAUGGAGCGAAGCUGAAGAAAUCCCUCUUCAUGCUGAAAGAGCUCACCAACAAGUUCAGGUAUGCCGUGUUUGGCCUCGGUUCCAGCAUGUACCCUCAGUUCUGCGCCUUCGCUCAUGAUGUCGACCAGAAGUUGUCCCACCUGGGAGCGUCUCAGCUCACCCCGACGGGGGAAGGGGACGAGCUCAGUGGGCAGGAAGAGGCCUUCCGCAGCUGGGCCGUGCAAACCUUCAAGGCAGCCUGUGAGGCGUUCGAUGUCCGAGGCAAAGACCGCAUUCAGAUCCCCAAGCUCUACACCACCAAUGUGACCUGGGACCCGCACCACUACCGGCUUGUGCGGGACUCUCAGCCUUUGGACCUCAACAAAGCCCUCAGCGGAAUGCACGCCAAGAAUGUGUUCACCAUGAAGCUCAAAUCGCGGCAGAAUCUACAGAGCCCCAAAUCCAGCCGCAUCACGCUCCUGGUGGAACUCUCCUGCGAGGGCAGCCCAGGCCUCAGCUACCAGCCUGGAGAGCACCUGGGGGUUUUCCCAAGCAACCAGCCAGCCCUGGUUCAAGGCAUUUUGGAGCGAGUGGUGGACGGCCCCGCACCCCACCAACCCGUGUGCCUGGAGACCCUCAGCGAGACCGGCAGCUACUGGGUCAGGGACAAGCGGCUGCCCCCCUGCUCCCCCAGCCAGGCCCUCACCUACUUCCUGGACAUCACCACGCCCCCAACCCAGCUGCUGCUCCGAAAGCUGGCCCAGCUGGCCACAGAAGAACCGGAGAGGCAGAGGCUACAGACCCUGUGCCAGCCCUCAGAGUACAACAAGUGGAAGUUCACCAACAGUCCCACAUUCCUGGAGGUGCUGGAGGAGUUCCCGUCCCUGCGGGUAUCUGCCAGCUUCCUGCUCUCCCAGCUCCCUGUCCUGAAACCCCGGUACUACUCCAUCAGCUCCUCCAGGGACCGCACCCCCACGGAGGUCCACCUCACCGUGGCCGUGCUCACCUACCGCACCCGAGAUGGCCAGGGUCCCCUGCACCACGGUGUCUGCAGCACAUGGCUCAGCAGCCUGAAACCCCAAGACCCAGUGCCUUGUUUUGUAAGAAGUGCCAGCGGCUUCCAGCUCCCCGAGGACCCCUCCCGUCCUUGCAUCCUCAUUGGGCCCGGCACGGGCAUCGCCCCCUUCCGCAGUUUCUGGCAGCAGCGACUCCAUGACACUGAGCACAAAGGGCUCCGGAGAGGCCACAUGACCCUGGUGUUUGGGUGCCGGCGCCCAGAUGAGGACCACCUUUACCGGGAGGAGAUGUUGGAGAUGGCCCGGAAGGGGGUGCUGCAUGAGGUGCACACAGCCUAUUCUCGCCUGCCUGGCCAGCCCAAGGUCUACGUUCAAGACAUCCUUCAGCAGCAGCUGGAUGUGGCCCACACACUGAAGCAGCUGGUGGCUGCCAGGCUGAGCCUGAGUGAGGAGCAGGUCGAGGACUAUUUCUUCCAGCUGAAGAGCCAGAAGCGCUAUCAUGAAGACAUCUUCAGUGCUGUGUUUCCCUACAAGAUGAAAAAGGAUGGGGCAGCGGGACAGCCUAGUGAUCCCAGAGCUCCAACAGCCCACAGGAGAAGUUAAAGGUGCUGCCGAGAAUUGCAGGAUGGAGCCAACUCUCCAUUAUCUGACAUCACAGGGUCUGGGGAGAUGGUGGGAAAUUAUAUCCCCAAGUCUCCCGUCUUAUUACCCCAUGUCCUUCCCCUUUACUUGACUUGCUACCGAGUAGCAGCCUGCACUGAGUGGAACCUGUUGUCUCCUUUGAGCCCACCCUUCCCCGGCUCAUGGGGAACUGGGUUGUCCCUGGUCCCUUGGAGAGAAGAUCUGCAAUGUCAGGCCUGGCCAGUGGGUGAGGAUGGAUCCUUCUUCUGAUUGCACCUCUAGGAGGGACCACCAGGAGGUGACGACGGGCCACUCUGUGUUUAGCCUGGCCCUUCUCCCCAUGUACAGUUAUUUAUGCCCUUGUAUUUAAAAAAGCAAACACUAGUCAGCUCCUGAGGCUGUUUAGGCCUUUCAUGUAUGACUCCUUGAUGGAGAUAUUUAUAUGAAAUACAUUUUAUUUUAAUCACA